CCUCUCUUCUACCAUGGUGGUCCUCCGGGCCCUCAAAGCCCUCGACGCAUACCCCAAAACCCUUCCAGACGCCAAGGCCCACUCCAAGACCGGCGGAGCACUGACGCUUGUGGUGGUGGUCCUCACACUGUGGCUGUUCUCAUCGGCGACGGUCGAGUACUUGUCUGGUACGACGGUGUACGACGCGGCGGUGGACACGGAGCGGACGGCCCAUCAGCAGGUGGUCAUCAACUUGGACAUGACCAUCGCCACCCGCUGCGAGUUCCUCUCAGCUGAUGUGGUGGACGUGACUGGUGCACACGACGGCGAUGGCAUGCACGAGCUCCAGCACCAGCCAGUCAAGUGGGCUGUCGACGUGCCGUCGGCCGACAAGGUCGAUUCGUUCUGGAAGACGCAAAAGUCGGCACUGCUCCAGCUGCACGACGUCAUCCGCCUCGCUGGCAUUCGCAUGCCGCUGGCCGGCCUGCCUGUUGCAGCAUCAGAGAAGGUUGGCGGAAAGCCGCCGUCGCUGGCUGAAAUUGUCCGCAAGUCGGCAACCGGCCAUGAGGCCGAGGGCGAGGCCCACAAGCUCCCGCUCGUGGCUAUCGACAAGAAAAGCUCCAACUCGUCGCAGCUUGUCAAGCCCGACAGCAAGCCCACACCCGAUGACAUUGCCAACCUGCGGAGACAGGUCGACGGAAACGUCCUGCCCACCGCCCACGUCGACGCCUCGUUCAACGCUUGCCGGCUCUUUGGCCACCUCACCGUGUCCAAGGUCCGCGGCAACUUUCACAUCACCGCCGGCCGCUCCAUCGAGCGCGGCGGCGGACAUGUCCACGACAUGCACUCAGUUCCGGCCGGCGCCCUCAACUUUACUCACCGCAUUCACCGGCUCUCCUUUGGCGAGAACUUUCCGGGCAUUGUCGCGCCGGCCGAUACGCUCGUCUACCACACCACCCACUCGCUACAGAUGUACCAAUACUUUGUCAAGGUGGUGCCCACGCUGUACAAGGCCUCGGCCGCUGACGUCGUCGACACCAACCAGUACUCGCUCACAGCCAACUCGCGUGCCAUCGAUCACUCGCGCGGGCAGCACGGCAUGCCCGGCAUCUUUUUCAACUACGAGUUUGAGCCUGUUCGUAUCACCGUCUCGGAGACCUACUCCACUUUUCUCCACUUUAUCACUCGGUGCUGCGCCAUCAUCGGCGGUGUCUACGCCGUCUCGGGCAUGCUCGUCACCGCCAUCAAUGCCCUCCUCGACUCGGUGGCGGUCAAGCUCGGCCACCGCCGUGGCAUCCUCAAGCUGUAGCCCGUAAAGUGGGCCUUUCGUGACUCACACGUUCUCUUUUGCCUCCUCGCGGGGCUUGGCCGCUCGACCGGGGACAUGCCUCGCCCUCUUGGACGCGUGCGUCUCGCCAGCCGGCAGCGGCUUGUCGAGAACCACCACUCGCUCUUCAAACGUCUCC